GCAGUGAUUUGCAUGAAGGAUCCUGCUCCUCCUCCCUUCCAUGGGCUGCUUUCACAGGGCUGCUGAGGUCCCUUUAAGAGUCAGACACACGCUAGAGAUAGGCAAACUUGUAUCUCAUGUCAGUUACAUGCAAUCCCUGCUUCCCUUCUCGGGGAUCCUCCUGCUGCUAGCGCUGCUCCUUUAAGAGUUGGCCUACGUGGCAGACGCAGGAGACAGCAGCGGCUUUAGCAGCGGUGGAGAGGCACUUCCUGUGGAGGAGCCUGCAGCAGCAGCAGCAGAGGAGACAGGGGUGUGCGAGCCCAGGCAGCAGGCAGACACCCACCCUGGAGGAAUUCCCCACUGCAGCACCCACCCAGCAGCUGAGACCAUGGGCCAGAAUGAUCUAAUGAGCACGGCUGAGGACUUUGCAGACCAGUUCCUGUUCCCUAAUGGUGCAAGAAACACUGGUGCAAGGGGACCAACGCAAGACACACAUACACUGUUUUCAUUGUGUAUUUCCUCUUUGUGGCAUUCCUGAUACCCUUUGAAGAACACUUCUAUACAGUUCCUGAGAGUGACGAAGCAGUACCUUCCCCACGUGGCCCGCCUGUGCCUGAUCAGCACCUUCCUGGAGGAUGGCAUCCGCAUGUGGUUCCAGUGGAGCGAGCAGAGGGAUUACAUUGAUGCCACGUGGAACUGUGGCUAUUUCCUGGCCUCCAUCUUUGUGUUCCUAAAUCUCUUCGGACAGCUGAGCGGCUGUAUCCUAGUGCUGAGUAGGAACUUUGUGCAGUAUGCCUGCUUCGGCUUGUUCGGAAUUAUAGCAUUACAGACCAUUGCUUACAGCAUUCUGUGGGAUCUGAAGUUCUUGAUGAGGAACCUGGCCCUUGGGGGAGGCUUGCUGCUGCUUUUGGCUGAGUCACGGUCAGAAGGGAAAAGCAUGUUUGCCGGUGUCCCCACCAUGCGGGAAAGCUCCCCCAAACAGUACAUGCAGCUGGGUGGACGUGUGCUGCUGGUCCUCAUGUUCAUGACACUGCUACAUUUUGAUGUUAGCUUCUUUUCUAUUCUCCAGAACAUCGUGGGCACAGCCCUGAUUAUCUUAGUGGCGAUUGGCUUUAAGACCAAGCUGGCUGCCUUGACUCUGGUCAUCUGGCUGUUUGCCAUCAACAUCUACUUUAACGCCUUCUGGACCAUCCCGGCCUACAAGCCCAUGCAUGACUUCCUCAAGUACGACUUCUUCCAGACCAUGUCUGUCAUUGGAGGGCUUCUCCUGGUGGUGGCGCUGGGUCCUGGCGGCGUCUCCAUGGACGAGAAGAAAAAAGAGUGGUAACGGGAGCAGUGUAGC